UAUUGUAUUUAUAGCUCAUCUGGCAAACGAACUCUUGACAGUCUAAUUGCUAAAUACAUAGUUUGGGUAAUCCAAUAAAGGAAUAAGCCUCAGUACCGGCCUUUUGUCUCCUCAUUCGCUGACUGGGACACGCAGGCACCGUUCAGCAAGGUAAGAGCCACAAGAGCAUGUCUACGUAUCUUUUCCAGCUACCCUUCAAUCUUGCUGCUACAAGGAGAACGGGGCUUAAGGGAAUCUUGGUAUAUUUUUCUUUCGAACCCUAAGGAACACCAGCGUGCACAAGAUGUUUUAGUUGCUUCUCGCAGACAGAAGCCAGAUAGCCUGUUGGCCUGUUUCCCCCCGAUGAACUUUGCUUGCUUUCGUGUUGCUGUGGGAUGACAAGAGCUAUCUCAGUUGCGGUUCAUGCCUCAUCAUGUUUUUGCUGCAUGUGUAAAGGAACUGACAAAUUCGACUCAGUUCACAUUUAAAGCCAAACCUGCCUAAAUUCACAUUGCAUUAAACAAUGUGAGAAAUCAAACAUCCUUUGAAAUUCACACUUACCUGAUUGUUUUCAGUGCGGUUCUCCAGCCAUGUCAUGUGUCCCAAAACUGCGAAUAGAAAUGUGCGUAUUAGGAGAAACCUGUGCUAAAAUGCUAGCGACUUUUCAUUGUUAUUCUUUUUAUAGGAAAAAAAUGCAGAUUGCUGCAAAAAAAGUGGAGGACUGAAUUUAGAAUUAGCAAAAUGAGAAACAGUGAAACUGAAAUCUACAUAUUCACCCAUCUCUGCUGUUGUUGUUUAGUCAUUUAGUCAUGUCCGACUCUUCGUGACCCUAUGGACCAGAGCACGCCAGGCACUCCUGUCUUCCACUGCCUCCCGCAGUUUGGUCAAACUCAUGCUGGUAGCUUCAAGAACACUGUCCAACCAUCUCGUCCUCUGUCGUCCCCUUCUCCUUGUGCCCUCCAUCUUUCCCAACAUCAGGGUCUUUUCCAGGGAGUCUUCUCUUCUCAUGAGGUGGCCAAAGUAUUGGAGUCUCAGCUUCACGAUCUGUCCUUCCAGUGAGCACUCAGGGCUGAUUUCCUUCAGAAUGGAUAGGUUUGAUCUUCUUGCAGUCCAUGGGACUCUCAAGAGUCUCCUCCAGCACCAUAAUUAAAAAGCAUCAAUUCUUCGGCGAUCCACCUUCUUUAUGGUCCAGCUCUCACUUCCAUACAUCCCAUCUCUGUUACUUUAAUUUAAUUUACUUCAGUGUGUUGAAAGGCAUCAGCUUCAUCACCAAACACAAACUAAUUUGCCUGGCAAAUGGGGUUACCCAGUAUAAUUACAUACUGUCUGGGUGGGUGUGCUCAUUUGAUUGUUUCCAUCAUUUCUAUCCCAAUUUUCAAAAAGUUUGUUUUUCAAAGCAGCUUAUGAAAGGAAGCCAAAGUUCUAUUCUGUUUUCUUUGAGCCAGGAUGGGUGGUUUUCACAAAAUAAAAGACAUCUGAAAAUAAGGGGUGCCCCACUUUUAGCAAACUGUGUACUUUUGUAGAACAUUAGAAUCCUCACAUGUACCAUGUAGUAUUUUCAGCUACUAUUCUUUGAAUACUUUUGGGGGGAGUCUAUCCCCUUGAACCUAUUUGGACUUUCUGCAUACUGAGUAAACUUAGAAAGAAUCAAGUUCUUCCUCUAAGUGCAUAGGAGACAGAAUAGUAUUCUAGACGAAAUGCCCUUUCAUUAGUUUCAGUUUUCCCAUUGCAGUGGAAUGUUUGGACAUUGGAAAAUGAAAAGGUAGCAUACCCUUAUUAUAUGCAUAGCCUUCUGAUUUUUUUUUCCUUCCUGUUGCUUCCUAAUGGCUUUGGAGAACGAAUCUGAUAAUAUAUUUAAACAGCUUUGCAUUAGAGGUAAUAGAAGCUGUGCUAAAGGAGACUUUAAAAAAAACCCCAACUAAACUGUGUGUGACUUGUGACAGGAGAAUACUUCAUCAUAAUGAUUGUGCAAAAUAGCAUUAACAGCUGCCGAAACAUGCACUGUAAAGUGUUCAUCACCCUGAAUUGCUUUUAAAGUGAUCUCAAGGGAGUGCUACGUUUUGUCUGCAAAUGAUGUUUGCAUGGGGGAAGUUAGAGUGAUUGUACUGGUAUUUGCAGGCUGUGUAAAUUAAUACAGUAAUUGUUUUUGUUUGCAGUGUGCAUUAUAGUUCUGGGACCAAGAACUUCUGAGUGAGGAAACCUGUGUUAUGUCAGUUCUAGGCAUCAAGGUUAAAUCAGAUCUCCCUCCCACCCACCAAAAAAAAUAUGUGUGUGCAUUAUAAUGGAUCAAAAUAUAACCAGCCUAACUUCUACAUAUAAUUUCACCCAUAGUUGUUGAUCCUGUAUUGCUUUAUUUGAUUAUGUUGUGUCCUGAUCUACUAUUGAUUUUAAUAAAAAGGAAAAUAUGCUUCCACUAAACAACACGGGCAUAGCCAGGAUUUAUUGGGGGGGCAGGCAUUAUGUUGGGGGGCAGAACUGAGUUAUCAGCAAUGCAAUUGGUCAGUAAGUUAAGCAUAUUUAUUUAUUUACUUGAUUUAAGGUGGGCAGCUUCCCUGCCCCUGCACCUCCCUGGUUAAGCCCAUGCUAACCAAUGGGAAUUAACUAAAUAAAUAAAAUACACACCUGUGAAAAAUAAGACACCUGCAUCUGAUCCUGGCCUCAUAUCUAACCCAAGUUCCAUUGUCGUGAAUUUGGCUUGUGCAUAGAAAAGUAGCUUGCCAGGCAGAAUGGCUUUGCCUUAACUCUCCUCCUGAGAGUGCUUGUUUUCUAUGUGCAAGGCAAUUUUUAUUUUAUUGAUUUCUUCGUAAGAAUUACCUUGCUAAGCCUGACCAAAAAGCGCGUUGCCAAUAUAAAGAGUUGUGGCUGUGUGUGUUUUAAAUAACAUCCAUUCAUUUUUUAAAUAAGAGGAAUGAUGAUUACACAGACAGUUCUGUCUGCAGACUUCCUCUAAGCUGAGUUAUCGUGCAAUAAAUCUAGCGCCCAGUUUGACCGCAUCAGUAAGCCAGGCAGUGCUGAUUAGCUGAGUGAAACCUAGCUGAGAAGGUUUCAUGGUUUAUGGAUUUUAUAAAUUGAGUAUGAAUGGAGAUAGCUGCUUUCCCUCAAUAAUACUAUGAUUGUAAUAGUGAUUUAUGUACGUGCUGCUUUUUCUGCUACUAAACUCCAAGUGGCCCUAGGAUCAGAUAGCUGCAUUUCAGGAAAAUCUUAUGGCAGUGUCGCACGACAUGUUACAUUUGUUACACCAAUAUCACACCGGCAAAUGCAUAACAUAUGAAAGUCAAAUCUGCUUGCUUAUGCAUGCAUUUGGAAAACCUGGUUUGGGAGACAUGUACAUAAUACAUAAUAUAUUUUACAUUGACAUUUGCUGCAGAAAACAGUGCAGCAACCAUACUCUGCAGUGUUCUAGAAGGCACAGACAGUGUUCAUCUCCCGUGAGGUUUAAAUUACUGCUUUUGCACUAUUUAUGUGAGUGUGUGACUCUUAUGGUAGGGAAUAGACUGGAAAUAAAGGCAAUAAUAGGAAGGAAAUAAAGACACUUGCCAUUGAAUGUGCACCUUGCCUAAUAUAAGUUCACUGUAAGCCAGUGUGGUGUAGUGGUUAAGAGCGGUGGACUCGUAAUCUGGUGAACCAGGUUCGAUUCCCCACUCCUCCACAUGCAGCUGCUGGGUGACCUUGGGCUAGUCACGCUUCUCUGAAGUCUCUCAGUCUCACUCACCUCACAGAGUGUUUGUUGUGGGGGAGGAAGGGAAAGGAGAUUGUUAGCCGCUUUGAGACUCCUUAAGGGGAGUGAAAGGCGGGAUAUCAAGUCCAAACUCCUCCUCUUCCUCCUCCUCCUCUUCAUAACUGGGAAAAUCCCAAACAUCUGAGCCCAGCCAUCCUGUGUAAAGUCUUGCAUCUUGCAUUUAGCCUCUCCUAGGGACGGGGCCAUAGGACGCGGGUGGUGCUGUGGGUUAAACCACAGAGCCUAGGACUUGCUGAUCAGAAGGUUGGUGGUUCGAAUCCCCGCGAUGGGGUGAGCUCCCAUUGCUUGGUCCCUGCUCCUGCCAACCUAGCAGUUCGAAAGCAUGUCAAAGUGCAAGUAGAUAAAUAGGUACCGCUCUGGUGGGAAGGUAAACGGCAUUUCCGUGCGCUGCUCUGGUUCACCAGAAGCAGCUUAGUCAUGCUGGCCACAUGACCCGGAAGCUGUACGCCGGCUCCCUCGGCCAAUAAAGCGAGAUGAGCGCCGCAACCCCAGAGUCAUCCGUGACUAGACCUAAUGGUCAGGGGUCCCUUUACCUUUAAGGACAGGGCCAGUGCCAACAUCUGGAACUCUUGGGCAGCUGCUGGGAUACCCACAGAGAACAACACUGUCAAUAACCUUGGUUUCCUCAUACCAGGCAGCUCAAUCUGCAAAUAGCCUGCUGCUGAUUACACCACUGCUAUUGCUGCCCAUCCCUCAGCAGGUAAGCCUGCCCGGGAGACCCAGAGAUGUAGGAGAGAGUAAACCAAAGGACACUUUGCUGGGGAGAGCCCUCACACCCUGCCUGAGGACUUCCAUGUGUCCAGGAUUUCUUUAUUUUUUUCCUUUUUCCUUUGAACAGCGGAACGGCCCCUUCCUUGCCUACUCCUAUAUACCUACCUGGACCUCAAGGCCAUCUUCUGUGGACCUUCUCCAGAUGCCUCUGCUGAAUGAGGCCCAGCAGGUGGCUGUCAGAGGUACUAGGUCUGGAUCCAACCCAUGGUGCUGCCUGCUUCAUUUUGAGGUCAUCAUUGCUUUUUUCCAGCCUCCUGAAUCAAAACAUCAUAAUUAUUCCUCCUCCUCCUUCUUGACCCGAAAUGCUCUUAAACACAUGCCACAGUGGAAAAAAUGCUGCACAGUUGCUAUUUUUAAAGAAAGUGGAAGAUUUUGAGAUGUUUUCCCCACACACCUCAUAGUUUGAUCAGUGUUGGGGUACAGCACUUAUUUUAUCCGUGUUUUUUGGUGUUUGUUUCAAGGCUAGAAUAAACAUUUUUCUUCUUCUUCACAGAGCCAGUAUCUCAGAGGAACUAUCAUUUAGUUGAAAUUUUGGAGACAUUCGAAUAAACAAGUCCCGAGCCUGAGUCCUAAAAGAAUGUGUUUCUGAGUGGUUCAGUGUAGAAAGCUAUCCACAAGCUGAACCUUAAGAAUGGGAGUGAGAAAAGUGAACAGAUGAAAAGUGUGUUCCUUCCGCAGCAUUACAGAGCCAGUCCUUUAAAUCUAUGGUAAAAAAAACGGGGCGCGGGUGGCGCUGUGGUCUAAACCACAGAGCCUAGGGCUUGCCAAUCAGAAGGUCGCGGUUCAAAUCCCUGCGACGGGGUGAGCUCCCAUUGCUCAGUCCCAGCUCCUGCCAACCUAGCAGUUCAAAAGCACGCCAGUGCAAGUAGAUAAAUAGGUACCACUCUGGAAGGAAGGUAAAUAGUGUUUCCGUGUGCUGCUCUGGUUUUGCUAGAAGCAGCUUAGUCAUGCUGGCCACAUGACCUGGAAGCUGUAUGCUGGCUCCCUUGGCCAGUAAAGCGAGAUGAGCGCCGCAACCCCAGAGUCAUCCACGACUAGUCCUAAAGGUCAGGGGUCCCUUUACCUUUACCUUUAAAAAGGACUGAGAGACCUGUGGCCCUCCUGAUGCCACUGGACCCCAAACACCUAGCAUCCCUGAACUUUAACUGGCUGGGCCUGAUGUCCACAACCUCUUGAAAGCUACAGGGUCACCAGCCCUGCCUUAAGGUGUCAAGCAAUGCAAAAUAUGCAGCCUUUCCUCAAGAUCUUUCUUUCCCUCUCUCAAGUGAGAAUCUGGAGAUUUGCUGUUUGGGUCUGCCACAGACUGGGAAACUAGAUAGAUUUUCAUGCUGCCCUUGCCACUGAUCCAGUUUGUGUCUGACUGCUGUUUGCUCCCGAAGCUCUGCGAAUUACACUGUGACAUUUAGUGAUUAUUUCAGACUGAAGUGAGGCCCGUGCUGUGAAUUCCUAAGUUUAGGAUGUAUGCUUUAAAUUAUUUAGCUAUGUUGUGGGUACUUUUCUUUUAUUAUCUUUUUUUUAAAAAAAAUGAAAUGAAUUUCGUACUUUAUAACUAAUGCCAUUAUUAGAAUCCUAACAAACAAGUUAAACAGGGGCGGUUGCCUGGGCACAAAAUUCUUAGGGGUGCAAAAUUUCAAAAGGGGGGGAGAAGGAGUAAUAAUAAAUUUAAAAAUAGCACACCCUCUCCCUCACACAGAAAAUAUUCCAGUGUUUGUGUGGGCAGGCUAAGGAGCAGAUUUGGGCAGCAGCUGGGUGCUAGGGCACACUUUGUGCGGGCUUUAGAAAGAUAAUCACUCCCAACCAAUACCCCAUCCUGCUCUCCACUGCGCUUGACACUCAUGGGGCAUGUUGGCUGCCACUUGGGCAGGUGGCCAAGCUGUUGCCCCUUCAAUCCAGCCUAUCAGCAGACAGUGCCAUGGAUACUUGCCCCAGCUGCCGGCAACCCACGCUACACCACUAUAUUCAAUUGCAUGGUGGCUUGGCUCUCCCGCUGAUUGAGAUUUGCCAAAGUACCAGUGCAGGAGACACCCAGACAAGUUAAUGAAAGUGAAAUGCAACCGACAUUGAAACUGACCUCGCUUAGUUAAUGGCAUUGUAAAGUUAGCUGACUUCUUUAUAUAUCUAAAAAAAAAAUGGUAUUGGUGAAAGCCAUCAGAAUCUGUCCUCAAACAAGGCAGGUGUGCGAACUGUGGCAAAGCCAUGCUUAAGUUUGGCUGUGGCAGAUUUCUCCCCUAUACCUCCUUACCAGUACAUAUCCCACCUCUCUGAUCAAAGGCUGUUCAAAAUGUUUUUGGGAUGGGGGUCCAAGCCCCCCACCCCCACAUUCUGCUGUGUCAUAUUCUAUUUGGACCGUGUCAGUGGCAGAUCUUGAGUUCUCAAAUUUCAGUGGUACUUGGUGUGAUGCCAAAAUUCAGUCCCCCUCUGCCUCCCUCACUCCAUUUCGAAGCAUAGUUGCAGCGUUGAUAGCCCCCCCCCCCGAGACUCCACCCCCAGUGUGACCGAUCCGGCCGUGCUCCCCUAAAUCUGCCUCUGGUCACGUUAUGUUUGAGAACAGGGCCCCAUUAUGAAACAGACUUCGUCUCAUUAGUUUUGCAUGGUCGAAGUCAACAUCCUGUAUCCUCCAACUUUUCUAGCAAUCACCGUCUCUUGGGGUGGGAAACAUAUAUAAAAUGUAAGGAGAAAUCACAGUAGGUUUUCUCACCUGCAGUGCGAGUCUGAUUUCCUCCUGGCUUCCAAUCUGUGGGGCAGCCACAUAGCCUAGCAAGUCAAAUAAUUGAUUAGCUGUCAAUCUUCCCCACACACUCUAUUUUAGCUGGGCUGCCUGCUUUAUUUUUUUGGCACCCUGUGAUGUUGCAUUUAUAUGUUUCUCUCUCUUCCCUUUUUUUUUUUAAAGUGGAAACAUUUUUGAAAUGUUGCAAAACUUCUCGCAGGGGUCAGCAAACUUUUUCAGCAGGGGGCCGGUCCACUGUCCCUCAGACCUUGUGGAGGGCCGGACUAUAUUUGGGGGGGGGGGGUGAACAAAUUCCUAUGUCCCACAAAUAACCCAGAGAUGCAUUUUGAAUAAAAGCACACAUUCUACUCAUGUAAAAACACCAGGCAGGCCCCACAAAUAACCCAGAGAUGCAUUUUAAAUAAAAGGACACAUUCUACUCAUGUAAAAACACGCUGAUUCCCAGACUGUCUGCAGGCCGGAUUUAGAAGGCGGGUCUUAGUUUGCCUAUCGAUGAGCUGAGCUAUGUGCACUGUCCACUUUUUUCCUUUUUUGCAAACUUACAGAACUGUUCACACACACCCCGCCACCCUUCCACUUGGAGAUUAAACAAAAUUACGUAUGUCUGGAUGUAAUAUGGUUUUCUCACUCUUAGAUUAGCCCCACAGCUCUACAUUUGGCACUAAAUUUAAACUGCAAGUAAUUUUAUCAUGAGGAUUUUCACCUUUGAGCCUCAUUCUCAUUAUUUAUGUUAAUGGCUGAUUCUUUUUCCUGUGAAAGAGGAAAUGAGCAUGCUGGCCAAGGAAGGUUUUACAUGAUUACAAACUCAAUGAAGGUAUUGUCUCCUGAAUUCUGUAACAAUCAACGCCUGACACACUCCCCAUUUAGCUAGCGCCACUCUCUGCCUACUCAAGGAAUGGAGUACAAAAAGAAUUCGAACAGGACAUUAAUGUGCCUGCACACCAGUGUUCAGGUGCGCUAACAGUGCUUCAACCCUGUGUGUUUAAAAUCAUUCAAAACAGUCAAGAGCUGUUUACUAAUUGCCUAAUGAAACCCAAGAAUGUCCGUUUCUUGACGGUGCUGUAAAGUCUCUGUUGGCAAUUCUCAGAACUCAGUGCCCAGAAUUCUCUUGUUGUGAGGCUUGGUAGUCAAAUCCUCAUUUGGGGAUUGAUGGCUAGCGUAAACUGGCCCUCAGUCCCACCAGACACGUUGCUGAGACUUAUGACCUUUGGCCACCCUGACUCUCUUGAACAAUACAGCAUGGCCAAUACAAGGGGGCACAAACAGGUAACAUUAGGACAUUAACCAGGCGAAGAGGCACACAAGAUUAAUGGGGAAAAGGUGUUCCUGCUUGUGCAAGAUUCAAACGCUUAUGCAUUUUUCUUCUUGUGGGCGGCAAUUGUUUCAGUUGGCUGGCAUUGCUUAGAAGCGAUGCUGAAUUUAAAACAGAGAUUAUUUUUAACAAAACCUCCCCAAAAAAAGGGGGGUGUAUCAGAGCUGAAAACCCACUUAUUUUGUUGUUUUUCAUAUAAAAAGAACACCUAGGUGCAGAGUCAACAAAAGAGGGUGUGGGGAUUUAGGGGUGCGAAGGAUCUGCUCCCUUGGAUAGUGUCGAAUGCCAGCUGCACUGAGCCUCAAAGAGUGAGUGUCUCUAGUGCUUUUGUCUCCUUAUAUGGUAAAAUGAUACACAGGGGUUUUUCACUAGGCUGUGAAGGCAGACGCCUGUUUCCACACAACACAGACGGCUGAGCAGAAAUCAGAAGAGCCGCUUGCUCAGAACUGGAGGAAUCCCCGGCUAGCUGUACAUCUCUCCUCUCCUCUGCCAGCAGGUCACUGUGUUGCCCAUUUAUUAAUGGAUGUGACUCCCCAUCCCAACUCCAGAGGGUACCAUUAACUGCCUGCCUGUAAGUAGACCUCCCUUUUUGUCCCUCCCUGCAACAGCCAACAAUAAACCUUUGGAGCAUCUGCUAUAAAUAACAAAAGGGUGUGAUGGGGACAACAGGGUGUGAUGUUGAGGCAGAACAAUGGUUUGCCCAAGAUGCAGCAACAGCCCUAGCUGUCUGUGUUAUAUACGGUGACAGGGCUGGCCCUUUGUUUUUUAGCAAAUAUGGGCUACAGAAAGAGGUCGGGUAAGAAUAAUGGUGUUGUCUUCAGGGGGAAUGUUCGGUGUCUGAAUGUGACAUGUGAGCAGGGAGGUAUGGCAUUGUGUCAGAUCCCAUCGUGACAAUUUUCACUCCCCAAUGACAUGCUGGAUAAGCCCCGGGGAAGCUCAUAAAUGAGAGUUCAGAUAUUGGUUUCUUUUACACCUCUGUGAACACUUCCUGCUUCCCAAAGCAACAAAAGACCUCAUUAAUUCUUUCCAGUAGCAGAAUCAGAGGAAACAAAGGUAGCCUUGCCUCUUUGCUGUCUCUCUCUCUCACGCACGAACACAAAAUAACUAAAAGACAGGGAGUCCUCUAAAGUGCAUUGCUAUUGUUUCAAGAUAUUUAAAGGGAAGGUACACGGUUCUUUUCUUCCUUUCAUUCAUUUAUUUAAUGUUUAAUCCCUGCCAUGCUUCUUCUAUGUUUGUAACUGAAAAAAUGCAUGUGAGUUGACAGCAACAACUUUUGUAUCUUUUCAUUUUUAUUCAAUUAUAAAUAUUCAUGUCCCUGCUUUCUGACUUAGCAGGCUUCCAAGGUGGCUUUGUGUAUAUUUCUGUAUUAAUGGGUCACUUCCUCCCUUCCUAUUUCCCACCGUAAUACCUUUACCCUUGAUUCAAAACAUCUUGGGUUACUGCACAUGCCAGAUGAAACAAUUUCUGGAGGUUGUUAAAACAAACUGAUGAUUUACUCUAGAUUGAACAGUUGCCAUAUGAAUAGUGUAUUUUAAUUACAUGCAAGUCAUGCAUGAAAUGCAAUUUUUAAAAGAUGAAUUCAGGAGAACCAAGAAAAAAGAGAGAGAGAGAGUUAAAGUCCCAUUUAACUCAAUGAGAAUAAAUUGCUAGGGCACUUUAGUUCCAUUGAUAUCAGUGAUAUGGACUCAAAACUAACUGGCUUUGUUGUUGUUGGCAUCUGUCAGUCUCAAGAGACAAUGACUCCAUGGAUGAAGUCAAACCGCUGUGUAAGCAGCACCAAAGUGACCUCCGUGGGGUGCAAGCCUGGGCAGUGUGUAUAGAGAUCCAGGGUUGCACAGUCGACAAGACCUGCCUCUCGGCCUCACUGAUGUGGUCCAAAGGAAAGCAGAGCAAUACGUUUGGCACCAGCUUGGCUGCAGGAGUUGCCGGAAGGAGGUGUACAAGGCACCAUCCAACAAUCUUAGGGACUCCACUCUGGAUUUGCGCCAGUGUGGUGUAGUGGUUAAGAGCGGUGGACUCGUAAUCUGGUGAACUGGGUUUGAUUCUCCGCUCCUUCACAUGCAGCUAGUCACACCCUUGGGCUAGUCACACUUCUCUGUGAAGUCUCAGCCUCACUCACCUCACAGAGUGUUUGUUGUGGGGGAGGAAGGGAAAGGAGAUUGUUAGCUGCUUUGAGACUCCUUAGGGUAGUGGUAAAGCGGGAUAUCAAAUCCAAACUCUUCUUCUUUUUCUUUACUCCUUAGCCUUUUCUUCUCCUGAAGAUAUCCCACAAGGCAACAGAGGUUUAGGAUCAGCUUUCCUUCUCCUAGAUGGGCUACCUUCUCAGGUUAAUGAGCCCCAUCUGCCCCUCACUUCCCUCUACAAUAUGUGCAGAAACCGCCUUCUUAACUGCUGGACCCACCAUUGGUUUCAUCCAUUCAGUUUGCCAGAGCCUGUUUUUGCAUGCAGAGGUAGUCCCUAAAUAACUGAGGGUAUAAGACCCAUCAACUACCCUCACCUGGUUUAGCCAGCCAUAGCCGUUCCCAGGUUUUGACCACUGUCACAUGCUGACAGCUUCUAGGAGCUACAGGUAAUUGCUAUAUGCAGGGUAGAGACCAAAGGUGGACCACCCUUUCCGUAACACCCCAUACACUCUGGAACAAACAACAUAUGAUGAUUUCCCCCAUAUUAUUUGUUUAUAUCUCCUGCCAAUUACUUGCUACUUACUACAUUAAAAAGGAGGUUUCCCCUUAAGCAAAAUGUAAUGUAAUAUAAUAAAUGAACAGAGGAUAUGCUUUCAAAAAUGGUGUGUACAGAGUGUCUGUUUUGUUGUUUAGGGUGUCUUACUUCAAGACUGGGAAGGUUAGAAUCUAUACAUACUAAUAAGGACUUCAAGUUCCUAUGCGGAAGCAAUCCAAUGGUGCAUUCAGCCUUGGGACUUUUGGUUCAUCUGCACUUUUAAGCCACCUAUUGUAGAACCCAGGUAAAAGAAAAGUUAGGGCAAAAUGGACAACCGCAGCCUUGAAAAAGCACACAAACUAUGCAAACGAUUGAACUAUUGAAAAGGCUGGAGUAUACGCACAUUCUGAACAUGACCAUGAUUAAAUGGCCCAAUGCGGUCUAGCACAUACUGAAGGCUAAACAAACUCUGGUUGGCUUACAGAACCACCCACAAGCCUCAAAAGUCCAUGGAGACAGCAGAAUAGGGUGUAGCAAUUUUCAAAAUGGGCUGCCUGUGUGUUCCUGCCAUGCAUAGCUGACAGGUCCUUUCCUCCUGAAAGCGUGUGGAUAGGCGUUUCUCAAAUGCCUCUUUAAACAGCUAUGGCAGCGAUGGGGAACCUGAGGCUAUUUUGGGGCUACUGCUCUCAUCAGCUGCAAAAUCAAUGGUCAAGGAUUUAUGGGAGCUAGAAUCCCACAUCCAGAGGGCCAUAGGUUCCUCAUCCCUGUUCAAUAACCUGGAUCCCCACUCCUUUUCUUAGGAAGGUAAGGAAAGAGGAAAGAGGAUCCUAGCAUUCCUUGAUCCUCUCUAAAAGCCUUCCUGACCAACAAGGCUGGGCAGCAGCAACAAAAAGCAAAUGCACCAACCUCUUCUCAUUGUUUUCCCAAAUGCAUAGAUAAGAAAACACCAUGCUUCAACUAGACCCACACGUAAACCUGGGUAGGCAUAUUGGGUGGAUUGUUCUUAAAUAAGAAAAACAAUUUCAGUAAAUUAUCCAACUCUAUCUAAUCUCUCUCUGUGUGUCUUUCUGGUAAACCAAUUACUGUUAUUUUAGCAAUUACUUGCCAAAUAUCGAGCUGAUGUUACACACUGUACUCCUUGACCGACAUUUUCUAGUUGAUCAGGUAGCAAAAGACACUGAACUGUUAGUAUUUACAUCUUCCGAGCCACUUCUAUACCAGUGUAAUAACUGGUUGGUGACUGGCCAAAUGCAGCAAUAGUGGGAGCAUUCCUCUCACAUCCUUAUAACCAAGGUUUAUUUUCCUUUUAAUCUGGACACAAAAGAAAUUUUCAAUACUAUUGACCAUAGUAUCCCUCAGGAUUGGUUAUUUAGGUUGGGCCUAGGAGGCCCCAUGUAACAUUACCUCCAAUCCUGCCUAGGGAACCAGUCUUGGAGGUUUGUUCUGGGUGCUUUUAUUCCACCCCUUGGUUGAUGUCCUGUGGGGUUCUAUUGUGUUCUCCAUGCUUUUUAACAUCUACACGAAAUUGGUGGGGGGAAAGUCAUCUGGAGGUUUAUGCUGAAGCGUAACCAUUAUACAGAUCUAUUCUUUCCCCAUCUACUCAUUCCAAGGAGAAUGCUGGACCUCUGAAUUGGGGCUGAAUGAUGUGGAAGUGGUUGAAGCAGAUAGGACAGAAGCCCUGUAGGUGGGGAAACCAAUUCUUAUGGAGGCAGCUUUACCUUCGGUCCUUGGUGGUGUCCAGUUUGGGAGUGCUAUUUGAGUUUUUCCAGGACAGUUUUUCCAGGUCAUGUGGCCAGCAUGACUAAGCUGCUUCUGGUGAAACCAGAGCAGUGCAUGAAAACGCCGUUUACCUUCCCGCCGGAGCAGUACCUAUUUAUCUACUUGCACUUUGACGUGCUUUCGAACUGCUAGGUUGGCAGGAGCUAGGACAGAGCAACGGGAGCUCACCCCGUCAUGGGGAUUCGAACCACCAACCUUUCGAUCGGCAAGCCCAAGAGGCUCAGUGGUUUAACCCACAGCGCCACGUCCCCUUAGUCUGGAUUAAUGCAAUAUAAUUCAUGUGGGGUUGCUUUUGAAGGUAGUUCAGAAACUUCAACAAGGACAAAAUGAAGACACCCAGCUGUUGUUUGGGGCUAGAUGGCAUCUGGUUAAAUGCUUUUAAAUCCCCGAACACUUUGCAAAGUAGCCCCUGAAAGCCACAGAACACACUGUGGAUCCCUGUACCUGUCCGUUCCCUCAGUUUCAUGAAAGGUCAAGUUCCUACUCAUCACAAGGAUUCUCUUGUUGGCUCAUUAAACAAAAAUCAAGUUAAUCCCCAGCAACCCACAGCAUUUUCUGCCUGGUCCUUCUCCCCUUUGCAUAACACAAUUCCCUUUUUCUCCAUCUGGGUUUUUCUCUUUAAGCCUCACCUGAAUGAGAUUCCCUCCCACCUGUUUAAAGACUUGUAUUCCUUUCAUCCAUCCUUAGAUUCUCAGUCCUGUCUCACUCCUGGCCAACAAUCAUAUCUGUUCCUCCCAAUGACUGCCUUUCGUGACGCCACAGUACAUGCUAGAACACCUCCUUUGACUCACCUUCCCACUGGCGUUCCUUUUCUGACCCACCCAUUUUUUUACAAUCAGGUCAACUGCAAGGGGGAACGCCAAAGCAAGCAUGAGCAAUUGGCCUUGCUUGUCCUUCUCCCUCACACAAGGUUACCUCAAAGAAUACCCAUACCUGAAUCAACCUGUCUGUGUCUUAAGAUCCACUCCAGAGGCCCUGUUUAAGUGCCUAGGCAACUAGGAUGACAGGUAAAUGAAACAGGGCCUUCUUGGUGGCCCCACAGUUAUUGAACUCUAUUCCACUUGAACUUAGGCAGGCAUCAUUCCUUGAUUCCUUCAAAGGAACAUUAAAGACCCAUGAAUCUACUUCUGCUUGUAGUGCCUAGCCUGUGGCUGUGCCUUGGUUUUUUGCAUGGCUGGUUCGUGCUGGUUUCAGCAGUAUUUCAUACUGCUGAGCAUGCUGUGAAAUGUAUGCUUGCAUCUGUUUUUAAAACUGUAUUAUGGUUUGCUUGCGUGCAUUUUUGAACUGGUUUGGGAAGAAUUUUCUUUGAAGAGCAGCCUGUAUCUUUUUCGUGUGUAAGUAAACAGAACCACACUGUUUUCUUGAUGCACUCUAGAUCAGCAAGAAGAACCAACAAGUUGGAGAGAGAAAAUACCGUAUUUUUCCAUGUAUAAGACGAUGCUUUUUGCUAAAAAAAAAAUUAGGCAAAAAUUGGGUGUCGUCUUAUACACGGAUAGUGAAUGCAGAAGGGGGACGUGCGGUUAAUGGCAGCAGCAAGCAGGAGAUUGGCAGCAGCGAUUGGGCAGGUGCCUGUGGCAAGGCCUGUUGGUGAUUGGCUGUGGCUGCAGCAAUUGGGCAGGUGACUGGUGGCUGUGGCGAGGUGGGCGGGCGAUUGGCGGCUGCAGCAAGGUGUGUGAUCGGCAGUGGCUACGGCAAGCGAUCAGCAGUGGCGGGCAGGUGGGUGAGCGAUUGGCGGAAGUGACCUCCCCCCCCCCGCAAUUAAACAACUUAAUUUCUUAAUUUUGGGUUUAAAGGGGCCGUCUUAUACAUGAGGGCGUCUUAUACACAGAAAAAUAUGGCAGCUGUUUUAAGACAGGGAUGUGGAACGUCAGGCCUGGGUACCAAAUGAGACCUUCUUGGUUUCCCCAGUCAGCCUUCAGGAUUCUCCCAGGCCAAAAUCUCAGCCCAGGUCACAAUCUUCACUGGAACAGCUCUGCACCUUCCUCCAGAGCUUUUGCAUCCUUGAUAAGACCUCUUGCUUGCCUGGGUAGAGGAUGAAGAGUUGUGCAUGCAGAUACCUCUGGCUUUUACAUGUUUGGCACGUAGCUCACAAUGCAAAGGAAACAGCCACAUCCAUUGCUUUGUCCACCUUUUAGCUCUGGUGCCACCCAUUUCUGACCUCUCGUCCUACACAACCUUGGCAUGUGGCCCCCACAUGGUUGCACCCAAUAAAAUGUGGCGCUUGAGCUGAAAAGGGUUUUCCUAUCGCUGGUUUAAUACAAGCAGCUGUUUCCGGGUCCAGUUGUAAGUGCUUUUUAAAUCCCUGGAUGCUUUGGAACCAUGUGUAAAGUUUCCCCUUAUAAUGAGAACCACCUGAGCCCCAAAGCACCCUCUAACUUCCCAGGGUGCGUCUAGCGAGAGGGGGGAAGCCAAUUCCUUGCAUGCAGAAAAUUCCAGGUUCAAUCCUCAACAUCUCUAGCCGAAAGGAUGAAAGAGCAAGUGAUGGGAAAGGCCUCUCUUGAACCCAGGACCUUUGAGAGUCACGGCUAGCCAGAAAUGACACUAUGCGGCAAGAUAGGCAAACCACCUGAACUUUGGCUGAAGCAACCUAGUUUCAUUACUUCUAAUUAGAGAUGGAAAUAUGAUGGAUUAUGCAGAGUUGGGGUUCUGGGAUACUGACUCUGCUGAGGAGUGAAGAGAUAUAAAAAGUCUAUACUCCCUCCCUCCCCCCCACAAAAGUGUGACAUGGAAAAUUGUGAAUAACAUUUGCAUGUUUGCAUCUGCACCCUGCUAACUACUCUACAGAUAGACAGAUCGAUAGCAAUCAGCUAUCUAUCUAUCUAUCUAUCUGUCUGUCUGUCUAUCUAUCUAUCUAUCUAUCAUCUAUCAUCUAUCAUCUAUCAUCUAUUAUCUAUCUAUCUAUCUAUCUAUCUAUCUAUCUAUCAUCUAUCUAUCUAUCUAUCAUCUAUCUAUCUAUCUAUCUAUCUAUCUAUCUAUCUAUCAUCUAUCUAUCAUCUAUCAUCUAUCAUCUAUCAUCUAGCUAUCUAUCAUCUAUCUAUCUAUCUAUCUAUCUAUCUAUCUAUCUAUCAUCUAUCUAUCUAUCUAUCUAUCAUCUAUCUAUCUAUCAUCUAUCUAUCUAUCUAAACACACACAUACCAUCUUUUCUUAUUUUCCAGUCUCUUCAUUCCAUUCUUGUUUGCAGGGAUUUGUAGCUUUGAUCGGAAAAUGGAUUAGAGUUCUUGGAAGGAGGACAUAAAGUUCUCGCGAAGCAAUGAGAGGCAAUGUUUGUGCCAACAAACUGGUAGGGGACUGAAAAAUGAGCUACUCCCGGUAGUUCAGUUUUGCUAGGCUGUAACAAAAAGAGGACCUUGUAAAUCUUUACAGCUUUUGAAACAAUAACAAAAAUCCUUUCCAAACACCUCUUCCUGCGUGGAUUUAUGUCUGCAAAAUGUUCCAGAUACAAAUCUUCCUUUCUUUCAAGAAGGAAAACAAAGAGGAGUGCUGGGGGGGGGGUUGUACAUUGGGCACAAAUCAUGAAUGCCUUACAAUAGACUCACACCAGUAAAACAAAACAAAACCCCAAAAUAACUGUGAAGAAAAACUACAUUCCUGCAUAGAAUUGUAUACUAGUCUGUCAGUCUCAUGAACUAUGAGGCCACAACUGCAACAUAUCUGAUCUUUUUUUUUUAAAAAAAAAACCCAAAUCCUAAAUAGAGGGACCUGGGAGAUCAUUACUGGGACUGUGGUUUAACUCCUAGGACUAAUGGCAACAUGGGGAAAAUUUUCCUCAGUAAUUCAGUGUCAGUAGUAUGAGUUAAGCCCCCUCCCCAGUUUCCAAUUCUAAUCCUGCUUUCUAUUUAAGUUAAAAACACACUGAUACAGUGGUACCUCUGGUUACAGACGCUUCAGGUUACAGACUCUGCUAACCCAGAAAUAGUAAGAACUUUGCUUCAGGAUGAGAACAGAAAUUGCGUGGUGGCGGUGCGGCAGCAGCAGCGGGAAGCCCCAUUAGCUAAAGUGGUACCUCAGGUUAAGAACAGUUUUAGGUUAAGAACGGACUUCCAGAAUGAAUUAAGUUCUUAAACAGAGGUACCACUGUACAUCUGAAAUUCACACAUCUCCCUUUUUGACCUGAUACUUCCCUGAGAGUAUAGCAACAAGAAAGGUGUUUGGACAAUGUCUGGCACCAGUGCUAUUUUUCUAGAAAAAGAGGUGCCGGAACUCACCAUGAACACCUCCCUUGUUCUCUUAGAAUGGCAAUGGCGCCCACCUGAGAUUUGCCAGAACUGAGUUGUGGUGAGUUCCGGCUGGAAAAAAGCCCUGUCUGGCACUGAGGUCCAAAGGCAGGCAACUCCUUAGAGAAGGCAGGUGCAGGCAGAGAUGACAAACGUAAUGAAGAGCAAACCUGACCAAAUUCAGGGAAUGCCACAGGGCUGGGAGCUUUCUGGUGGUUUCUUGGGGCAAGAGUCCAUCCCAUACUGGCAAAUUUGAGGGUUUGCCCCUCAAAAAUUUCCCCUCAGAAUUUGACUUCUUGCAACAAGGGAAGCAGUGAAACGAUGCGCUGGAAACUGGGAUAUAACGCUUGCCUGAUGCAAUGUCAUCAAUCAAGCGGUAUAUAAAUUGUAUGAAUAUUUUAUUUUUUUAUUUAAAAACCUCCCCACAAGCAGGUCAGUAUGAGUACUACGUAAAUAACCAACAUCAUCUAACCUCCCUGCAAGCUUUGUGCAAAAAAAAAAUCAGGUUGAAUGAGCACCUGGAAAUUACCUGACAUUACCUGAUUCCUUGACUCAAAUUACAUGCAGCAAGUUGUCUUUUCAAAUCAAUGCCUCGGCAAGGAGGAGGGAAUUGGUGACUGACUCCCAUAGCUCCUGUCCUGCUUCAAGUUCUGUGGUCGCUUAUUGUCGGCAUCUAAACUCCAUGUCAUCAUUUUUACUGAAGCUUUUUGCCUCUGCUUUCAACAGCUUUUUCUUUUAUUAAAUCUGCUUUUCGGUGCAGAAGUUCGCAUAAGUGUACCAUACUUGCCUCAGGGGAAUUAUGAAGGGUCAAACUCAAGAGUGCCCUGUUAUUACAGUGUAAUCCUACACAUGUUUACUUGGAGGUAAGUCUAAUUAUGUUCAGUGGGGGUAGUCUUCAGGAAAUGUGCUUGGUUAGGGCCCAGCCUUCUUCUCUGGGGACUGUAAACAAUAUCUCUCUUACUUAAUACAGCAGAAAACAGAGAAAAUUGUGUGUGUCUUUGUGUGUGGUGUGCUUAAGAUCUGCUUUUUCUCCAAGGCAAAUUAAAAGAGUACGGCUGCCAUGGAAUUUCUAUAUUUCCCUGGUGUGUUAUAAUGUUUCUGGGAUUGUUAUAGGAAUACAGAGUGGGCAUAUUUUCAUAUUUUACUAUAAUGCUAACGAGAGCAUGAUUUACGUUUUCGAAAAAAUUUCCCACACAAUAGUUAAAAUAGUUGGGGUUUAGUUAGGAAAGAUUCCAGAAUCAAAACCUAUCCAACCCUGCAGAAAUUAUAGUACGGACCUUCCUGUACUGGCUUCUACUACAGCCUGCAGGUGGGAGGGAAGAGUUAUAUAUUUCAAUUUUUUUCCACGUGACGAAACCUUCCUGUGUAUAUAGAGCAAGCAUAAGUUUAGCCUAGCUGCCUCCCUUUGCUCUUUGAGUGCAAGGAUUUUCUCCAGCACUCUCUCAUGUGAUCUGCAACUGGUGACACUGUCCAAGGAAUGCUAUGUGUUAUAUUUGCAUGCAGGAAUAAGUCUUCUUGGAUGCACUUGAAAUGUGUGGGCUGCUGCUAUCAGAGAGACAGACAGACCUCACCUGCAUUUCCUGUUGCACAUUUAAAAACCAGUUCUUUGACCAUUCAGCACUGCAAGGAACCUCUCAAAACCAACCACAUGGAGGCAGCUCCACUGACAUAACGCCUCUACUGGUGUGAACCAGCCUCCCACCAAUUUUAACAACAUCAGCAAUGCAAAUACAAACCACAAACGCAUACAACUCCUAGGGGCUGAGGUCCUUUCGGCACUCCCCAUAAAAUAUUUGAGGGGACCGAGUGUGCAGUAUGUCAUGUGUGUGCAGUAUGUCAUGUGAUCAUUUGUGCAGGGUGGGGCUUACCUGGGAUCCCCCAAUAUUUUAUUCAAGUUGGCACCCUUGCAUGGCAGCAUGGAAAUAACUUAUUGUCACAUCCACACUAUUCGUUUGAAGCUCAUUUGAAGCAUAUUAUUUCACUCAAAGAAUCCUGGGAACUGUAGUUUGUUUGGGGUUCUGGUACCUGUAGCUCUGUGAGGGUUGUCCUGAGAGGUUCCCUGGAAGAGGAAUUGGCUGUUAAACCACACUGAGAAUUGUAGCUCUGUGAGGGGAUUGGGGGUCUCCUAACAACUGUCAACACCCUGAUGUCCCCUAACAACUCUUAGCACCUCUCAAGGCUCCUGACACUUCACAGCAUCAUGCUUUGAACCCAUGGAGCAGAUGGGGCCUAUGUCUGCCCGCAUGAUAAAUAGUAUGAGGGAGACUAAGUUCUGGGAAGAAGAUGCAUCAGGCAUUUUCUUAUUUGUUUAUGCACCAUUACAGUGGAUUCAAUAAUUUGCCUAAAAUAAAGGAAACCAACAAUUUCACAUGAAAGACCAAACUGAGGGCUAGGAUAGGGGUACAUACAAUGUGAUCUGUUUGAACCAGAGUUUUUAUACUUGCUUAGCUCAUGGCAUGGCUUUGGGUGAUCUGUCACCCUAAUAUACCUCUUUUGAGGGCUUAGGUAGAAUAACCACACACUGCCAACCCCAGAAGUCCUUCGCAGGAUGGUGGGGUACAAAAAUGAUAAGCAAAUGACACCUCACAACAAAACAAACAAACAAACAAAACAGACCUUUCUCUCUCUGACACUCAAGGAGACACCAUGUUUAUCCGUGCUAUUUUUCUAGAAAAAGAGGUGCCGGAACUCACCAAGAACGCCUCCCUCGUUCUCUUAGGAUGGCAAUGGUGCCCACCUGAGAGGUGCUGGGACUGAGUUCCGGUGAGUUCCUGCUGGGAAAAAAAGCCCUGGUUUUUAAUCCAAAGCUGCUUGUUUUCUUGUUGACAGGCAGGCAGAAUCCUAGAUGUCAAAAUGACAGAGCGCUUUGACUGCCACUACUGCAAGGAGACACUGUUUGGCAAGAAGUACAUUUUGAGGGAGGACAGCCCCUACUGCAUCAAGUGCUACGACAGCCUGUACUCCAACACGUGCGAGGAAUGCAAAAAGCCGAUUGGCUGCGACUGCAAGGUACUUCGGAUACGCUUUUCAACCGGCCUUGUUCUUGGAUCGCAAUUAAUGUGCAUUUUAUUUAUUUGUUUGUUUUAUACAGCGCUCCCUAGUUCAGCAGAAACAUGUAAGCCGUUUGCAGGUCCCAACAAAAAGGAAUGUGCAAAUAGAAGAUAAAGUCCAGAUUCAAAAAAACCAAACAAUACUACUGCUACCGCCACAACCACAACUGCUGCUGCUACUAAAUUUCAAAUAGAAGUUUCCUUGUGGCAGCUGGACUUUACAUCACAUCUCUCCUACUCUAAGGAGAUGCACUGGCGGAGGAAGAGAAGUGCCGGGGGAGCGCACCACCCCCGGCAACGUGAUCCAGUGGGGUGCCAUUGCGGCUGCCCCCCACCCAUGCUGGGUGCCACGCCCCUGCGGGCAGUGCACCACGCCCCCAGGACACAUGCCACGCCCCUAGGACACACACCAUGCCCCCAGGACGUGCGCCACGCCCCUGCAGGUGGCAUGCCCCGCCCCCAGGAUGAAUGCCAGCCCCGCCCCCACCUUCUCUCUGCCCCCCGGUGCCAGAGCAUGAAGCUCCGGCACUGAUGAGAUGGGUCAUGUUUAUUGUAGGAUUUCUCUUGCUCAUGUACACAAACUUUUCAUAGCAUCCCUACAAUGCCUUUGGCAUCACAGCACCAACCCAUGUUUCUUUCCAGUCCAAUCUACAUAUAGAUUAGGGAAAUCUGAUAAUUCAAAAAUAGCAGUUGCCAGUGACCCAUUCACAAUAUCAAGCCUGUGUCUGGAAGCACCCUAAGAUAAUAUUUUUGGGGAAAGUCGGUAGUGCUGAGUUUUAUAAUUUUUUCCUCUUCUGCCACUGUCCGUGUUCAAAAUCAUCCCUAAGGUCAGGCAUAGGCAAACUCGGUCCUCCAGAUGUUUUGGGACUACAACUCCCAUCAUCCUUAGCUAACAAGACCAGUGGUCAGGGAUGAUGGGAAUUGUAGUCCCAAAACAUCUGGAGGACCGAGUUUGCCUAUGCCUGCCUUAGGUGCUGGGGGAGUACAGAGACUCUGUUCCCUACUGCACAUCUAAGAGCAGCUUUGGAGUGAUGAAAUAGAUCAGGAUAACAGUUUUGGGGGAAAGGUUGAAACCCUCCCACUUCCAGCACUUACUGAGCCAAUCAAAACUGGAACACCCAUUGACUGCUUUAAGGUAAACAUGAACAUAUCAGAUGACUAAUCACAGAUCUCCCACAUCUCCUUUGGUUGGCCUCAAGUCUUCUUAUUUUUUCAAUAACAGAGUUUUGGUUUUUCUCAAUUUCUCAUUUUUCCAGGCUUAAAUUCAGUUGUCUGUUGCAAUAAAUGAUUAAUAAUAAUAGUCAGCACUUUAUUGUGAAUUUAUACACACAUUUUUAUACAGCUUUGGCUAAUAUGCACAAUUUUGCAAACAAAUUUCCAGAAUCCUAUGCAUUUUUGCACACAUUUUCUGGUUGGAGAAAUUGUACUUCAAAAUUCAAAGAAGUGCAAAUUUUGGAGGAUAGUUGUGUUUUGAUUUGUGUAUUGGUUUAAAAAUGUGUGAGUUGGGAAGUUUCUCAUGGAAAUGCCAGCCUAGUCUAAUUUCUUCCCAUCCCUACUAAACAUACAUGUGCAAAGAUUCUCUGAGUUGCCAAGCAGAAAGAAGGCAGCAGUUUCUUUGGUGAGUCUACUUCUAAGAUCUUUUCCUUGGGGACUUUGAAUGUGUUGACAUUCAAGAAUCCCUAAGCUUGACUAAGCUCCAACAAAUUUCAGAGCAUGGAAUUAAUCAGCUGAACUUUUCAACCCAGACUGAUGGAUUUGGGGAGUGUAGGUGUUAUCAGAUCUCUAUGGUGUUUUUUUUAACAAAACAAAAAACAAGACUUUCUGCAAGGACAGAUAAAGUCCUUGAUAGCCAGAAGAUUGGUGGUGGUUGUUUUUCCCCCGGUGAAGGAAUAUAUUGCUAUAGAUAAGAAAAAAAAUAUGCACACACAUAUUCCCACUUGAACACUCACAUGCACACACAGAAGCUGACAAGAGUGACUUAACAGGAGAGAAUAACAAAGAUGUGUUUGUGAUUAAUAUCUCUUUCUGCCAAUUAAACUUCAGUGAUCCUCACUUAGCAACUGCUGCAAUAAACUUUGCCCAUCAUGUGGCAACAGCAUUCCAUAUCAACUAUGGAUCAGUUUUGAUGUGUAUACUCCUCAUGGAAUAUGGCCUGAGUACAUGCCACAAACUAUUCUGCCGGACAGAAAACUUGCUUUACAAGUUUCUUCAUCAGCAGACCCUCCUGCAAACUGUAUUUUGAAAUCCCUUGAAAGUUCAUAGUCCAUUAUGCAGUUAUGCAUACCUAAGUCCCAAGGAAGUCUAUGCCAGCCCUACCAUUAGGCAAAAUGAGGCAACCGCCUCAGGUGGCAGAAGCUGAGAGGCAGUAGCCAUAGCCCUCCUGUCUGUCCUUCCUAAGCUGCUCUGCCAUCCCCCUCCAUCGGAGGACAUGCCUGUGUGUGCUAUGUGCAACAUGUCUUGCGCCCCCUUCCAACUAGCCUGCCACCUUGGGUUCAAAGGAGGACAUUAUCCCAUCACCAUUACUGAAGUAAGAUUCAAGGACCAGUUCAGCCAGCUUCUGUAUGUAGAAGUAUGGUUUUAUUUGCCCACACAGCUCAGCAGGAAAUUAGAAGGCUAAAGCCCUAAAAAGAACACAUUCCUAUCAAGGGAACAGUAAUCAGAUGGGGCUUUCUUUUCUUGAAUUUUGUAUUUUAAAAAAAGAUGCUACUACUUUGGUAGGCAAACAGAGGGAGGCAAAAAUAAAAUGAGAAGGAAGAAAAAUGCAGAAGAGAGCAAAUGCAAAGAAAGGAACUUGAUCGUUUUUAUACACCUAAGUUUUCACAAACUGCCAUUGUUUCAUAGCAGGAGAAAUAUAUAUAUAUAAAAUGUCCAGUAGCACCUUAGAGACCAAUUAAGUUUGUUCUUGGUAUGAGCUUUUGUGUGCAUGCACACUUCUUCAGAUAACUGAAGGGACAUUGCACAUAUUCCAUUUGGCUCCAAGUUGUUGUUUUCCAUAAAAAUUCCUUUCCAGAGAUACUAUCAGGAUUAUGUGAGGUAAUUUCCUGCAAAGGAAAGUUGUUGAAUUUUCAGUGCUAAACGAACAAUUAAUAUUACGCUUUUGCUCGAGAGUCACUGAGCAGUUCUGAUAGUGACAGAUUCUGUGUUUCAGGGCUGGCAUUUGGUUUAUUUUUUGUGGGGGGGGGAGUGUGCCAUUAAAAUACUCUUUAAUGAAUAUCCCCUUUGGUGGGUUUGUUUGUUUGUUUGUUAUAAUAAAUGAACUUUUCUUAAAAACUGGAGGGCAGCUCAUUAAGGGCAUGCAAGUAUGUGUGGUGGGAGCAGUAUACAAAAUUCUGCAACUAGCUGAACUUAACUGCAAUUGUUUUAAGUUGUUUGGAGUUGAAGUUCUGUAAGUGAAGCUUAUGAACCCUAUAUUUGGACUGGAUCAUAUUUAUUUCAAAGAAGACUCGGUUUCUAUUCACCCAACUGCAAUAUUAAUAACCUCAGUAGCCCUGACCUAGUUCUUCCCUUGCAUAGUCUGAGUAAAUUCUCCUCCAUUUCUCUUAGUAAGCUCUUUACUAAGCCUCCUUUGUGGUUUGGGAUUUCUACAGGAUCUGUCCUACAAGGACCGGCACUGGCACGAAACCUGCUUCCACUGCUUCCAGUGCAAGAACUCACUGGUGGACAAACCUUUCGCAGCAAAAGAAGAACAUCUUCUCUGCACGGAAUGCUACUCCAAUGAAUACUCCUCCAAGUGUAGCGAGUGCAAGAAGACCAUCAUGCCAGGUUAGGACUUGGUCUGCUUUCAGGACGGGGAUGGGAGUGUCUUUCGGGGACCGAAUUCAAGGCCAAUGGGAGGCUCUUCCACAGUCUUAUUUCUGUAAGCCAGGGUGAUGGGGCAGGAGGAGAUGCUCAAUCACUUCUGCUUCUAACAUUUUAAAAAUGCAGGAGAUAGAUCCUGAUAAUGAAAUCCCUGAAUCUUGGCCGGUUGUGCCUCAUUAUAUCAGUUUGUUGCUAUUGCUUAAGUCUGUGAACUACAUUGAUAGCAGAGGAAUACUGGAAGCGACCCAAAGACCUAAAGGUUUCAUAAAUUUUAAUAUAAAUGAAAAAGCUUACCUGGAGGCAAGACGUAUUCUCCAUACUUUGAAAAUUAAGUACAUAAUUAUUAUUUUUAAGCAGCAGGGUUUUUCCCCUGACUUUCUGACUUUUAACUGGGGCUAUCAAAAGGCUCGCAGUUUAUCUGCUUUUAUAAGAAAAUCAGAAAAGGCACUCUCUGAAACCCUGGAAGCUGAGCAUGCUUCGUGCUCAGGUUUCACUGCCCCCAAACUAGCAGCCUCCCAACAUCCUGAAUCGUGGAUUCAAAGCCCAAUUAAACGUGGUUUGAUUUUACUUGCUGAAUAGAAUGCAAUAGCUUGGCUGAUACGAGUGUUUUUGCUGGCAGAGUCUGAUGGCUGUGCUGAAAAUAGAAGGCAGGGGAAAACCAGUUUUUUUAUGAGUCAGGAAGUCGAUGUGUAAUCAGCAGAUGAUCACUAGUAAAAAAAAAAAACUUUUUGAAUUGCCUCUUGUGUCGCUUAUCCUCAAAUUAAUUUUUAUGCUUGAUUAGCCAUGACAUUAAAAUUAGAGAGGUUUGGGUUACAAGCUAGGAAAGCAGAAACCACAACUAUGCAGCUACAUUCAAAGCAGAUGACCAAAAUCCAUUGCAAUUUUGCAUUAGCUACAGAUCUCUCCUCACCACCACCACCGCCAACCCUGCUAUGUAUAAUGGCAAAUGUCCUAGGUGGUGUGUUAAAGCACUUGCAGAGAUUACAGAGGCUUGAUUCAAGGCUUAAAUGAAACCACACAUUUGGGAGAUGCAAGGGGGGUGGGGACAAGUGUUUGGCCAAAAGCAUACCCCAGAGUCCACAAAAGGUGCCCUUUAUCAUCUGGGAAUUAUCUGCAAGGACUCUGGUUUUCAUGUUUUAAAUGGCCGCUAGCGUUCGCUUUUGAAACGGAACCUGCGUGACAUGAUUUGGGACGAGGAAAAGGAAACACCUUUGGCAGGUGGGUAUCAGGCUUCGGGGAAUCAGAUUCCUCCCCUGGUGGCAGCGAAGAAGCAGAUAAAAGAAAACAAAAGAGUUCUUCUUUUAAGAGUUCUUCGCUCCCGGUGGCAGCGAAGAAGCAGAUAAAAGAGUUCUUCCCAAUUAGUUUAUUCAACAAUCAAAGGGAGAGACAAAAGAAUGCGUCUCUCUCUAGAAAUGGUGUUGCUCCAAGAAAAGUCCCACCCCUUCCAGUGUGCCAGUGUGGUGUAGUGGUUAAGAGCUGUGGAAUCGUAAUCUGGUGAACCGGGUUCGCGUCUCCGCUCCUCCACAUGCAGCUGCUGGGUGACCUUGGGCUAGUCACACUUCUCUGAAGUCUCUCAGCCCCACUCACCUCACAGAGUGUUUGUUGUGGGGGAGGAAGGGAAAGGAGAAUGCUAGCCGCUUUGAGACUCCUUCGGGUAGUGAUAAAGCGGGAUAUCAAACCCAAACUCUUCUUCUUCUCUCCGUUUCUACUAUUCUGCGUCACCGCUACAUUGGCUAAUCUGAGCUUUCUACCGCUGAGCUUUCUGUUCUACUACCCUCAAUGCCUGCCUUGUCUUAGUAUGGGGAGGGGGGUCAGGAUUGCUUUCAAAGGACCCUGCGUCUGUCAGCUGUCUCUCCCCUGGUGUUUCCUCUUCCUGCUGUUCCUCUUCCAGUAUUUCCCAGCUUCUAUCCUCUGCAACCUCUGAACUAUGACCUUCUGCAAACCACUGUUCUAAAUCUAUGCUCCUGUCCUCAGAAAGAUUUAGGAGAAAGGGUGGCGGCCCCCACCAUUCCUCCUCAGUCCAGUCCCUGGCAGCAGGGCUGGCCCUACCAUUGGGCAAAGUGAGGUGGCCACAUCAGGCAGCAGAUGUUGAGGGGUGGGGAUUGGCAGGCCCUCUCAAAGGUCUGGAGAGACCCAGGCCACUUCCAGCUUUUGAGACCCCAGCCAAAAAUAAAAAAGAUGACACACACACACAAAAAGCAUUGAAAAAUGUGAGGGUUUUUAAAAAAAUAUAUAAUCAGCUGAGGACACAUGUAUCACAGACUAAUCUUGUACCAUCAGAACUAUUCUGCACAGAGUCUGGCAGCUAUAAAAGGACCGUGGUGGCCAGUGCUAAUUUUAUACUUCUCCCUUGUUCUCCUAUGAUGGUGCCCACCUGAGAGGUACCAGAACUAAGUUCUGGCAAGUUCUGUCUGGGGAAAAAAGCCGUGGUGGUAGCCCUGCUGAACUGAUGUCCUCCUCCAAUCCUACCAUCAGAAAUCACUGAAAUCAAUAUUUUUAAGCCCAUAUAUUUAAACAGGUCUACUCUGAGCAUGAGUAACUCUAGAUAUCGCCUCAUAUAAUUAAACAGAACAGAAAUUACGAAAAUAAUUAUACACACAAAUCCAUCCAGAUGCAACUUCAUAGUGCAUGUCUGCACAGUGUGCUUACACCAUGCAAUGCAAUAUAAUAAAUAUAAUAGUAGAAAUGAAUGAAACACAACCCCUUUCUGCAUAGGAAAGGCAGAUGCUACAGGCUCUGGAUUUUCCAGUGUGGUGUAUUAAAUGUGAUAGUAUAAUAGCUCAUGCUGGCUUGUGCAAUGUGGGCUGACAAGUACAUCGUAGGUGGGCAGAUGUUGUUGCUAUCUCUGAUUUAAGCAGGUUGCAGUGGUCCAAACAGAAUGCAAUAAAAUUAUACCAUCGUAUAAUGGAAUAUAAUGGAAUUAUAAUCAUAUAAUGGAAUAAGAACUGAAAACAUCUCAGCAGUACUUCAAAGAUGGGAACUUGUGAAGCCACCCAGCUCAGUUAUCAGAUCUGCUUUGUUUAAUAGGGCAUCCUUUCAUUCCUUCAGGGAUCGACACUUUAGCUCUCAACUCUACCUAAUUCUUUUUUUUUUUAAUAAAAAAAAUCACAUAAGCACUAAAUGUAGCAUAAUUAUAGCUUUAUUAAUAUAGCACAUUAAUAAACUGAUAAGAUGUGAAAAGCCAUUUAAAAUGUCAUAGAGCAAGAUAAUAAUCUGUUAACACAUUUGCUACAUUGCUUUUAUGCCAAUUAGAGCUCACUUAAUAAUUUUUUAAGUCUCUUUCAAUGUAGCGCUUACUCUAAGAGGGACAAAUUCUCUCAUCUGAUAAAUGAUGUUAAUAUCACUGAAAGCUGCUUGCAAAUCAUACAGAGGUAAUAGCACUUUGCCUUUAAACUGCCGCCCAACAAUAAUGUGGUUGAUUUAACUAGGAUGCCCUUCAACAUUGGCUUUUCAAAGACCCCACAAGGUGUGCUUGAAAUAUUUAAAUGCAAAAAUUCCUCUUUCGUUUUGGCUGGGCUUCUUCUGCUCUGGUUUCUUUCCAGAGAGGGAAUGAAUCGGAGGUGGUUUUAGGGUGGCUCGACCAAGUGCUGUCAUGGUGGGCGCCAUGAUGCAGGGGACACACACAAAAAUGCUGUGUUGGAUUUUAGCACUGCAUAGGACCCCACUGAAGUUUGAGAGCCCAAAGUUGACCACUGAAUGAAUGAGCAUGUGCUCACAUUAGGGGAAUCCAUAUGUGAAAAUGAGAUGUCUCCUGUAUUUGUGAGAAAAAUUCAGAACAUGGUCUCUUUCAGACAGCCCAUUCAUUGAACAUGGUAGUUCCAUUGCACUCAGAAACCCGGGGUGUGUGUGGCUUGAGCGAGGACAUUCUCUGUGGCAAUUUCUAAGCUGUGGAUUUCCCACCCAAGGAGCAUUCGACACCUUUAUUGUGUCUUUCAUCAUCUGCUGAAGAUUCCCCACUGACCUCUUUUUGACACCCAAGAUAUAUUUUAGAACACAUUCUGUGCUCUUGGUUGUCAUCUGCUUUUACUGUUUUUUAAUAUUGCAUUUUUUUAUCGUUGUAACCCUUUCCACAAAGCUUGCGAACAAAUAUUCCAGGUUACACAUGCCCAACUGGUUUGACUUACUCUAGCAAGUCUCUUUUUACAGCCAGGGUCAAAAUGGGUGGUGUUUUUGUUGUUUGCUUGGUUGGUUGGUUGGGUUUUUUUGUUUUUGUGUUUUUGGAAGGGCUGGUGUGCUGGUCCCGAGGGUUAACCGUGUGGUGAGGUCCGAGUCCAGUCCGAGGUUGAGGGUAUGGUAUGGAGGCUGUCCGUCAAAGCUGAAGCGGGGUCCAAGGCAGGGAGUCGGGUGAGGUCAGGAACUCUGGCAGGAGAGCAGGACAGGGUGCAGGCAGGAACAGGCUACCAACAAUAUUGCUCCCACAACCUGGGACUGGGGCUGGCUUUAUCUGCCCCGAGGCAUAGGGCGGCCCCGGUCCACAGGUGACUCGCCUCUCCUGGCCUGGAGGUGAGCACUCCUCCUGUGGGAACUUAGUUCCCUCCGCCUCUCUGCCCUGAGCCUCUGCAGGUCAGGAGAGGCUGGAGGGUUACCGGACCCAGAGGCAACCUCAGCUGAGAGUGGAGCACCUGCAGGCAAUGGGUCCUCCAUCACCUCAGGAGCCAGAGCAGACUCAGCUGGUGCCUGCACCUGAGGAUCCAGCACAGGUGAGGACCCUUCAGGCUCAUGCCCCAGCCCCGGCUCAGCUGGUUCUGGAGGUGGGGACUCCUGUGCAGGCUGGGAUUCCUCAGGUUUAGCCUCCGAGUCCAAAUCCCAGGCCAUCACAGCUAGGUUAAUUCAGUCCUACACCCAAACUCAAAACUGUCUAAGGCAGAAAAUGGGCUGGAAAAAUGCUGAAGAAAGUAGGAAAACAGAAGUAGAGGAAAAAUUGGUUUUAAGCAUUUGUAACGGAACCUAGAAAGUCAGAGAGGCAAAAGAGGGUUAGGUAAUCAUUAGCCAAUGAUCAGAAAAGAGAAGAUACAAAUAUAAGAUGCAAUAAGUGCGUGUUGUAUUUGGAUCAGAAUGUAACCAGGAAGGAGCUACAGAGUUCAGACCUUGUUUGGGGGGAAUGGUCAUCUCCAGUUGCCCUGUGCUAGAGCUGCAUGAUGAGGUUUUCCACUUAGGUGAGGGCAGCCUCUUCAGUGCUUGGAAAUUUUCCCAGCAGCUUUAAGAGAUUGACUUCUCCUCAGUUCUCAAGAGAAGCACCAAAGGACCAGUCUCAUUGGCGUCUUGGUAUUUUGCAUCAACAUGGUCAUGAAGGUGCCAAAUUCCACUUUGCACAACCCAAAAAAGCUAGAAUCUAUCUCCAGUGCUGAGAGGUGGGACUGAUGCCAGCCCCCAGAAAGGGAACAACGGGAAAGGAUGGAAGGAAAUCAAAACUAGGAGAAAGGAGUGUUUCACCCCGAGCAAAGGCCACUAGCAAAUGUUGAUGAAAGGCCACAAAACCCCACGACCUGAAUUGUUUUCAUAAUCUAUUGAGAGAGUCACUCGAAAAGGGGCUCUUCAUGCAGCUCACCUGCACAUCUUAAACAUCAGAAUGGAUCUCAGGAGUGUAAUAGCUGCAGGAAUUUAUACUUUUGCUGCUCCCACAAAAACCCAAGUUUCUGCUAAAAGUGUGUCCGGCUUCUCCUCGUACGCUAACUGGAAAAUGGAACACAGUUUCUACUUACCUUUUCCCUACACAGCAGCUUGAAAGCCAAGGUAGAAAUCUCAUGCUGUGGUCUCCUCCUAGGUACCCGCAAGAUGGAAUAUAAAGGAAACAGCUGGCAUGAGACCUGCUUUAUCUGCCAUCGGUGCCAACAGCCAAUUGGAACAAAGAGUUUCAUUCCCAAAGACAGUCAAAAUUUCUGCGUGCCCUGCUAUGAAAAGCAGUUUGCUAUGCAGUGUGUCCAGUGCAAGAAGGUAUUGUUUAUUGCUUCGUGCAAAUGACUAUUCAACCGAAAGCGACACACACACACACACACACACACACACACACUUGUCUGCUUUAGUUCGAAGCAAAACUGCAAUCCAGUUAUGCGUCUACUUUUGCUCCAACACGUUCCAGAGCAUUGAACUAUAUCAGGCUGUGCAAUGCUUUGAAGUCAUGCGUAUUUUGGCUUACCUAAAAGACAGAAAGACACAGGAACAAAGAAGGUUGUCAGGGGCUUCGCAGAAAAGGUGUGAGGGGUUCAGCAUGAGACUAGUUCUGCUACCUAUUGCUUAAAAGAUUUGCAAGGUGAACGGAAAUGGGGCACAAAAUCAAUAGGAAUUCCUUUUUUAUUUUCUUUUUCAUUCCCAUUUUUCUUUUCAUUUCGCAGCCAAUUACUACAGGAGGAAUUACUUACCGGGAGCAGCCAUGGCACAAGGAGUGUUUUGUGUGCACUGGGUGCAAAAAACAGCUCUCUGGGCAACGCUUUACUUCCCGGGAUGAGUUUGCCUAUUGUUUGAACUGCUACUGCAGCCUCUAUGCCAAGAAGUGUGCAGGAUGCACCAAUCCAAUCAGUGGUAAGUAUCGUGUUACCGUUUUCCUUUGCAGACAGAAAAAAAGCACCUCAAAAACAGCAUCAAUCAGUUCAGAAUAAAGUUCAUUCGUUCAUUUUAUUUAUUUGCUGCUUUUCCUGGAGGGCCACAGGUUCCUCAUCUCUGAUCUAGGGACUGACAGGAAUCUAGAAUUCUGCAUGCAGGCUCAGCUGUGACAAAGUUAUGUCAAUGAUGUGUUUAAAUGCAACUUUCCCACAUGUUUAAGUCCAAGGAAGUUUAUUCACAACUGGAAACGAUGUGGGAAUCUGACCCAAAUGACCUUACAGAAGGUGUUCCUGUGUUUUCUUCUUAAAUACUUGUUUUGCCUUUUCAGGACUUGGAGGAACCAAGUACAUCUCCUUUGAGGAACGCCAGUGGCACAACGAUUGCUUCAACUGCAAGAAGUGCUCCCUGUCGUUAGUGGGCCGCGGUUUCCUCACAGAAAGGGAUGACAUCCUGUGUCCUGAGUGUGGGAAGGACAUUUAAAAUGUGAAAAGAAUAAAACCACCACCAUCGGCUCUCACAAGUGCAUAUAUUUUCUCAAAUAAGCAAUGACAGCUGUGGGUUUUGACCAGAAGUGAAAAAAGUGUUUGGGUUUUCCCCCCUGAAAUACAGGGUAUAUAGUCAUCAGGAUUUUUUUUUCUUUUUCUUUUUCUAGGUUGUAGAAAUGCUUUAGAGAAGGGAAAGACAAAAGGGUGGGGAGGUGGUUUUGACAUUGACUGCUAGGCAAUACAUUUAUGAAUCGAGUCCAGUUCAAAUACGGAGUUGUGAGUUGCUCAGAUAUUUAGAGGAUAAAAGCUACCAGUGAAGAUGGCUGAUUAUUAUCUCCAGGUUUAGAGACAGUGUGAACUCUGGCUGCCAGGUGCUGGAGAACACAACAGGAAGUGUGGUAUUGAGAUAGCGUUGCCAUACGCCUGGAAUUUUCCAGACAUAGCCAGCAUUCAUCCCCCUUAAGCAGCGUCCAGGCGGAAAUUGCUUAAAUGUCCAGGAAAAUAUGGACAUAUGGCAGCCCAUGUUGGUAGUGUAGAUUUAGGCAAUUUUAAUUUAAAAAAAUAGCUCAAAAACACAUUUUUUGUUGUUGUUGAGAUUUCGUGGGGGGAAAGCUCAACAACUCAACAACUUUGCCAAAAAGAGCAGAGCUCAACAGCUUCUGUGUCUGGAUUUUCACUUUUUGAAAUAUGGCAACCCUAAUUUAGCUCAUACCCUGCUUGUGGACUUCCCAUAAUAAUCUGCUUGGCUACCACACAACACAGGGUGCUGACGUAGCUGGGCCUUUGGUUUGAUUCAACAGGGCUGUUACAUUCUUAGCAAUACAAAUUUCAAUACAAAGAUGUAUGUAGUUUAAAACUGAUAACAUAUUUGACUUGGGGAUUCUGGAAAGAUUACAGGAGCUACUGUUUGGUAUUGAUAGAUCAAGUAUCAGUGUUCAUCUUGUCCAAGUAGGUGAUAAUUUGAAAGUAGGGUAUGUUGGUUCAAUCAGUGAUAGAAAGUUAGAUAGAAAGUUUUGGGUUAUGCCUUAAAAUAAGGGUUUUGAGGCUACAAUUCUAUGCAUACUUUCACUGGAAUUACUCCCAUUAAACUGAUUGGGACGUUCUUCGACAUAAAUGUACACAGGAACAGACUGCAUGAGGUUUAAAUUGAUGUGAAUCCGCAACACAUUAUUGCAUGAUACUGCAAGGCCAUUUUGCAAAGUACAUUUUUCGUUUUUAGUACUCGUUUUGAAAUUCCAUUGCACCUUGUAUUUUAUGAAGUAAUAAACGUAUUUCUAAUGAAGUCUGCUGUAUUUUGGUGAAGUUGACAUCUUAAAGACUUAACUUUCAAUAAAUGUUAGCAUUUGAGGUAA